AUGUCUUCCUUCCAGGUGAUACCGACAGUAGUUUAUCUCAUGUCACGAAUCGCUGUUCACAUGGAAAUCGAGGGCACGGCUCAAUGUCCAUCCCAAGUCAUGUUGGCUGCAGCACUAGGCUGUGAAGAAUUAGGAAUAUCAAAUAAAUUGUUAGCACAAAGCGUAUUCGGGCUGUGGAUGUCAAGUCCACUUUUAGAAAUUCAAUUGAAGCCACACCAUCGGCCAUAUGCAGUGCGUAUAGCUUGGCCAAAUCUACUUGAGAAGCACACUCAUGGAAACGAGCUCGAAAAAUGUUCUGAUGAACCGAUGACGACACUGAGACGAAAUGUUUUCUAUACUCGACGUGACGAGGAAAAAAUAAAGGAUCCUCGGAUAUUAGAGCUUUUAUAUGAAGAAGCAAGGCACAAUGUUCUUCUUGGAAGAUACAUUAUGGAGCCAGCACAUUCAAUUAUGCUUGGUGGUAUCCAAGCGCGCAUUGAAUUAGGACCAUACAAUGUUCAUACACACACCGUUAGUUACUUUAGAGAGAAUCAAUUUAGAUUUCUACCAGCGCAUGUGGCGAGAAGCACGAGCUUGUCAUGGCUUCCUUACAGUAGACAAACAUCAGCUGAAGUAAGACUGUUAGAACAAUUUAAACGUGUACCAACAACAGCAACGACAAGAAAAUUGAUGCGCAAAUAUUUGGAAUUUUGUUGGGCACUUCCAUUUUACGGUGCUGCCUUCUUCCACGGCCAAGUGGAGCAACCAGUUCGAGGUCUUAUGAGUCUGUUUCAACAAAAAGACAUUCCCGUUCUGAUAGCAAUUAAUGAGAAAGGAAUUUAUGUAAUCGAUCACGUCGAAUGUACUCUCCUACUUGGACUGAAAUAUGAAGAUUUAUCAUGGGAUUUUGGUAAACCGCCGAAUGUCAAUGAUGAUCCCGAGUGUUUGCCUUGUUUAUUUAUACAGUUUGGUGCUGUUGAAAAUGGAAUCACUGUUACAAAGCUGAUGCAAAUUUUUUCGAGACAAGCAGCAAUGAUGGACGCCUUAAUUUCACAUUUUGCCGAUCAAAUGCGACGUCGGAAAGACGGUGAAGCUGUCGACAAUGUUGCAGACGAUGAACCAAAUCCAAUUCAAAACAACGGAUUGGGUGUAUUAAGUAACAAGCUGUCUCGACUAACACUCGCCACAUUCGAUGAUGAAGGACGCUGUAUAGGACAAAUGGGCUCACUAUCAAUAAGCUAUUAACAUUUAAUUAUCAUUUUUGAUGAUUUCAUUUAAAGAGAACCUUGGAAGAUGUAAGAAAAAAAAGUAUUGAUUGAAGCUAUUCUAAAGUGUUCGGAAUGAAAAGCAAGCAAGCUUCAUAAAUAUUUCUCUUAUUCUUCACUCAAAAUGCUAAUGAAACAUUAUAACC